AAUUGAUAUUCGAGCCGGGAAAGCGGGAUUUUAGUUACAUUAAAAUUAUCAAAGUAUGAUUCUUAUUAUUUGUCAGAAUUUUUGUUUGUAAACUUUCACAAACUAGAAUUAUGCUCUAUAAAAGAAUAAAUAGGUAUUGAGUACUUAUUGAAUGAGAUAUACAGUUUAUAUAUGUAACAAAAGUAAAACUUGUUACAGUCAUAUGCUAACUUAAAAUACACUAAACAGGAAAAAUCUGUUUUAAGAAUGGAGGAAGCAAGACAUUUCCUAAAUCCUGAAUCAGUCAGCGUGCAUUUAUACUGCUCUGUUUGCCAAGAUGUUUUUCGAGAACCUUUUCGUGCUCCUUGUGGUCAUAGUUUUUGUAAAGAAUGUAUCAAUAGUUGGUUAUCUCAAAGUCAAACUUGUCCAGAAGACCGAAAACCAAUCAAUCAAAAGCAGCUACAUUAUGAUUUUAUUCUUGCAAAUAUUAUUGGGGAUCAAAUGGUUGCUUGUCCUUUUAGAUCGAAAGGCUGCGAAUUUGUGAACAAAUUGGAAACUUUAUCUUCACAUAAAAAGUCAUGUGUUUUUAACCCAAUCAAUUUGCCUUCGUUUAUGAAGGAAAGCCCUUUUUCUAUCAAUCCGAAUUUAGGUGAAUCUCAUGACGAAGAAACGCUGGCGACACCUGGAAAACCUUCGCUUAAAAUGCGUCUUUUCUGCGACGAAAACAAACGAAAUUUGCUAUGCUCUGUUUUUGAAAAUAAAGUUGAGCAAACUUUAGGCAAAAAAGAAACUUCAAACAAAGUAUGGCUAAACAAAGAAAAUGAAAUAAAAAAACCAAAAAGACGUGCAAUUGAGAUUUACAGCCCAUAAUAUUGUUUUAUAUUUUUUCAACUUUUAUUUUUUUACGAGUAUACACAUUUUGAAAUAUUUGCAGCAUACACCAUAAAUACAUACAUAUUUCAGCAUAUAUAUUGGUUUUGUAAAGUGUUUAUUAUUAUAAAGUUUAUUAUUAUGAAUUUGAUUGUUGAUAAAUUUAUUGUUUUA